AUGAAUGAGUUUGAAGAUGAUGCUGUUGAAAUUUAUUAUCCUGUGAGAUCUAUUGAAACAGUAGGUACUUGUGAUGGUUUGGUUUUCCGCAUAGGUUUUGAAGUUGGUUAUGAUAGGGACCUUAUUUUUGUUUGGAACCCAGCAACAAAAGAAUUUAAGGAAUUACCUGUAUCACCAAAUGAAUCUGAAUCCCCAAAUGAAUCUUCAGUGGGUAAAGAGAUUGGAAUUUGUGGUUUUGGUUACGAUUACAAGACUGAUGAUUACAAAAGCAUUGAAUCUGUUCCUUAUAGUUUUCCUAUUUGUGGUGUUUCUGGGGUGCUUGUUAAUGGAGCUCUUCAUUGGUUAGGACAUACCCAAGCACUACACCAUUCUCUGGUUGUAGUAUCUUUAAAUGUCACCGAAGAGAAAUUUGAAGAAAUGCAGCUACCAAAACAUCCCUUUGAAAAAAAGAAUGAGUUUACAACCAUGGGAGUGUUAGAAGGGCGCCUUUGUGUUGUUGUCAAUGUUGAUGACGUUGGUUUUGAAGUAUGGAGGAUGCAGGAAUAUGGAGUUCGAGAAUCUUGGAAUAUAUGUCAUGUUAUUACCAACGAAAGAAUCGUGAAUGACUCUUAUUUAAAGUUGGUUGGGUUCAGGAAUGGUGAGAUUCUGUUUAAGAUUCCUGGUGAUCUAGUUUUUUAUGACCCAAAGCAUAGAACAGCUAGAACAGCUCGGGUAACAUGUGUAUUUGCGUGUGUGUCAUUCAACCAUGUGCCAUUUUUUUCCACCCAACAUGAAUUACACUAG